AUGAGACGGAACGGACUUGCGAAUGGAAAGGAGGGGACGAGACAUGGUACCGAUGGGAUGGAAAAAGCGCGAUUCACGGAUCGUAGCGGAAUCCACGGACGAGGAGCGACAGGAGGAGCUGCUAACAGCAAGGCGUUGAUUUGCAUGGUUCUUCUGGCGUUGCAGUAUGGCCUGCAGCCGAUUCUCACGAGGAAGCUGCUAAGUCGCGACGUAAUGAUAGCGAGUCAAGUCAUCACCUGCGAAGUGCUCAAGGUCCUAAUAGCUCUCACGGCCAUGUUCCUAGACGGCUCUCUCUUCACCGUCUGGCGCAACUGGCACCCUCUGGACUCGUUAGAAGCUGCUGCGGUACCGGGACUGCUGUAUGCCGCCCAGAACACGCUCAUCCAGGUGGCGUUGCGCCACCUGGACUAUCUCACCUUCAACCUGCUGAACCAGACCAAACUGCUCUUCACUGCUCUCUCCAACUACUUGUUUCUCAGAAUCCGCCAGACCCGAGUGCAAAUCCUCGCUCUCUGCAUGCUGCUCGUCGCUGCCACCCUGCUCACCCUUGGCCCUGGCCCUGCUUCUAGCUCUGGGCGCGGGCAGUCUCAGGGAAGCAGUGGACCAGAGAGGGGAGCGGUUGGGGCGGACGGAGCAGGGCAGGGGUCUUCUGCUUCUGCUGGCACGGCUGCUGCGGUGGCUGUUUUUGCAGGAGGCGUGGCGUGGGAGAGAGUGGCGCUGGGAGUGGUGCCGGUGCUGGUGGCAUCGGUGACGUCUGGACUUGGAUCGACGCACAACCAGUGGCAAGUGCAGGUCAAGAGGCGCAGUCCCCACCUCUUCACCAUCGAAAUUAUCACCUUCUCAUCUUAUCAAGCCCUCACCCCCACUCACGCACCACAUCUCCUACCCCUUACCCUGUGGCCUGCCCUCACCCUAUCCCCCGGACAGCAUGCCUCCCUUUCUCUUUCUCUGGUUGCUCUCCUUGCUGCUCUCCUUCCUCCCCUUGCUGCUCUCCUUCCUCCCCUUGCUGCUUUCCUUCCUCCCCUUGCUGCUCUCCUUCCUCCCCUUGCUGCUCUCCUUCCUCCCCUUGCUGCUCUCCUUCCUCCCCUUGCUGCUCUCCUUCCUCCCCUUGCUGCUCUCCUUCCUCCCCUUGCUGCUCUCCUUCCUGCCCUUGCUGCUCUCCUUCCUCCCCUUGCUGCCCUCCUUCCUCCCCUUGCUGCCCUCCUUCCUCCCCUUGCUGCUCUCCUUCCUCCCCUUGCUGCUUUCCUUCCUCCCCUUGCUGCUUUCCUUCCUCCCCUUGCUGCUCUCCUUCCUCCCCUUGCUGCUCUCCUUCCUCCCCUUGCUGCUUUCCUUCCUCCCCUUGCUGCUCUCCUUCCUCCCCUUGCUGCUCUCCUUCCUCCCCUUGCUGCUCUCCUUCCUCCCCUUGCUGCUCUCCUUCCUCCCCUUGCUGCUCUCCUUCCUCCCCUUGCUGCUCUCCUUCCUGCCCUUGCUGCUCUCCUUCCUCCCCUUGCUGCCCUCCUUCCUCCCCUUGCUGCCCUCCUUCCUCCCCUUGCUGCUCUCCUUCCUCCCCUUGCUGCUUUCCUUCCUCCCCUUGCUGCUCUCCUUCCUCCCCUUGCUGCUCUCCUUCCUCCCCUUGCUGCUCUCCUUCCUGCCCUUGCUGCUCUCCUUCCUCCCCUUGCUGCCCUCCUUCCUCCCCUUGCUGCCCUCCUUCCUCCCCUUGCUGCUCUCCUUCCUCCCCUUGCUGCUUUCCUUCCUCCCCUUGCUGCUCUCCUUCCUCCCCUUGCUGCUCUCCUUCCUCCCCUUGCUGCUCUCCUUCCUCCCCUUGCUGCUCUCCUUCCUCCCCUUGCUGCUCUCCUUCCUGCCCUUGCUGCUCUCCUUCCUCCCCUUGCUGCCCUCCUUCCUCCCCUUGCUGCCCUCCUUCCUCCCCUUGCUGCUCUCCUUCCUCCCCUUGCUGCUUUCCUUCCUCCCCUUGCUGCUUUCCUUCCUCCCCUUGCUGCUCUCCUUCCUCCCCUUGCUGCUCUCCUUCCUCCCCUUGCUGCUCUCCUUCCUCCCCUUGCUGCUCUCCUUCCUGCCCUUGCUGCUCUCCUUCCUCCCCUUGCUGCCCUCCUUCCUCCCCUUGCUGCCCUCCUUCCUCCCCUUGCUGCUCUCCUUCCUCCCCUUGCUGCUUUCCUUCCUCCCCUUGCUGCUUUCCUUCCUCCCCUUGCUGCUCUCCUUCCUCCCCUUGCUGCUCUCCUUCCUCCCCUUGCUGCUCUCCUUCCUCCCCUUGCUGCUCUCCUUCCUCCCCUUGCUGCUCUCCUUCCUCCCCUUGCUGCUCUCCUUCCUCCCCUUGCUGCUCUCCUUCCUCCCCUUGCUGCUCUCCUUCCUGCCCUUGCUGCUCUCCUUCCUCCCCUUGCUGCCCUCCUUCCUCCCCUUGCUGCCCUCCUUCCUCCCCUUGCUGCUCUCCUUCCUCCCCUUGCUGCUUUCCUUCCUCCCCUUGCUGCUUUCCUUCCUCCCCUUGCUGCUCUCCUUCCUCCCCUUGCUGCUCUCCUUCCUCCCCUUGCUGCUCUCCUUCCUCCCCUUGCUGCUCUCCUUCCUCCCCUUGCUGCUCUCCUUCCUCCCCUUGCUGCUCUCCUUCCUCCCCUUGCUGCUCUCCUUCCUCCCCUUGCUGCUCUCCUUCCUCCCCUUGCUGCUCUCCUUCCUCCCCUUGCUGCUCUCCUUGCUCCCCUUGCUGCUCUCCUUCCUCCCCUUGCUGCUCUCCUUCCUCCCCUUGCUGCUCUCCUUCCUCCCCUUGCUGCUCUCCUUCCUCCCCUUGCUGCUCUCCUUCCUCCCCUUGCUGCUCUCCUUCCUCCCCUUGCUGCUCUCCUUCCUCCCCUUGCUGCUCUCCUUCCUGCCCUUGCUGCUCUCCUUCCUCCCCUUGCUGCCCUCCUUCCUCCCCUUGCUGCUCUCCUUCCUCCCCUUGCUGCUCUCCUUGCUCCCCUUGCUGCUCUCCUUCCUCCCCUUGCUGCUCUCCUUCCUCCCCUUGCUGCUCUCCUUCCUCCCCUUGCUGCUCUCCUUCCUCCCCUUGCUGCUCUCCUUCCUCCCCUUGCUGCUCUCCUUCCUCCCCUUGCUGCUCUCCUUCCUCCCCUUGCUGCUCUCCUUCCUGCCCUUGCUGCUCUCCUUCCUCCCCUUGCUGCCCUCCUUCCUCCCCUUGCUGCCCUCCUUCCUCCCCUUGCUGCUCUCCUUCCUCCCCUUGCUGCUCUCCUUCCUCCCCUUGCUGCUCUCCUUCCUGCCCUUGCUGCUCUCCUUCCUCCCCUUGCUGCCCUCCUUCCUCCCCUUGCUGCCCUCCUUCCUCCCCUUGCUGCUUUCCUUCCUCCCCUUGCUGCUUUCCUUCCUCCCCUUGCUGCUCUCCUUCCUCCCCUUGCUGCUCUCCUUCCUCCCCUUGCUGCUCUCCUUCCUCCCCUUGCUGCUCUCCUUCCUCCCCUUGCUGCUCUCCUUCCUCCCCUUGCUGCUCUCCUUCCUCCCCUUGCUGCUCUCCUUCCUCCCCUUGCUGCUCUCCUUCCUCCCCUUGCUUCUCUCCUUCCUCCCCUUGCUGCUCUCCUUCCUCCCCUUGCUGCUUUCCUUCCUCCCCUUGCUGCUCUCCUUCCUCCCCUUGCUGCUCUCCUUCCUCCCCUUGCUGCUCUCCUUCCUCCCCUUGCUGCUUUCCUUCCUCCCCUUGCUGCUCUCCUUCCUCCCCUUGCUGCUCUCCUUCCUCCCCUUGCUGCUCUCCUUCCUCCCCUUGCUGCUCUCCUUCCUCCCCUUGCUGCUCUCCUUCCUCCCCUUGCUGCUCUCCUUCCUCCCCUUGCUGCUCUCCUUCCUCCCCUUGCUGCUCUCCUUCCUGCCCUUGCUGCUCUCCUUCCUCCCCUUGCUGCCCUCCUUCCUCCCCUUGCUGCCCUCCUUCCUCCCCUUGCUGCUCUCCUUCCUCCCCUUGCUGCUCUCCUUCCUCCCCUUGCUGCUCUCCUUCCUCCCCUUGCUGCUCUCCUUCCUCCCCUUGCUGCUCUCCUUCCUCCCCUUGCUGCUCUCCUUCCUCCCCUUGCUGCUCUCCUUCCUGCCCUUGCUGCUCUCCUUCCUCCCCUUGCUGCCCUCCUUCCUCCCCUUGCUGCCCUCCUUCCUCCCCUUGCUGCUCUCCUUCCUCCCCUUGCUGCUUUCCUUCCUCCCCUUGCUGCUUUCCUUCCUCCCCUUGCUGCUCUCCUUCCUCCCCUUGCUGCUCUCCUUCCUCCCCUUGCUGCUCUCCUUCCUCCCCUUGCUGCCCUCCUUCCUCCCCUUGCUGCUUUCCUUCCUCCCCUUGCUGCCCUCCUUCCUCCCCUUGCUGCUCUCUCCAAGUUCCCUCAGGGCUCUUCUCUUUCCCUCUCCCACAUUCCUUAUUCCUCCCUCUUGCAGGGCUUCACAGUGAUAGUGGGUCUGCUGGUAACCGCCAUAGUGCAGCAUGCUCUCGAUGGCACGCCUCCCUCCCUCUUCGUCUGCCCGGCCCUCCCUCUCACCCUUGCUUCGUUGCUCUUCCCAAUCUCAAACUUCCUCCCGUCGCCUCCCCACCCUCCUUCAUCCUUUCCCCCUCGCAGGGCUUCACAUUCCUCCCUUCUCCCUCUCACACUCCUUCCCUCGCAGGGCUUCACAGUGAUAGCGGGUCUGCUGGUAACCGCCAUAGUACAGUAUGCUCUCGACGGCACGCCUCCCUCCCUCUUUGUCUGGCUGGCCCUCCCUCUCACCGUCCUCAGCACCUACCUCUACUCCUCCUCCGCUGCACCCCCUGCUGCUGCCAAGAGCAAGGACCUCUAA